AUGGGGGGACAGUGGCGAUUGGUGAAGCCCGCGGGUCUGGCGCCAGCUCCACGAGGUGCACACGCGAGCGUCGCCCUCGGCACGAAGGUGUUGGUCUUUGGCGGUGCGGACCGUGCGCCGGUUCCUUUCAACGACUUGUGGGUCCUCGAGACGGCGGGCGGCAAGUACGAAUGGACGCGGAUAUCCCCCUUGAUGGCGCCAGGGUGCAAGCUCCUGCCGCGUUCCGGCGCCACUCUGACCGCCCUGGGCGACCGGGUCUUCCUGUUCGGCGGCACUGAGCCUGUAAGUGGGGUGUGCUUCAACGAGCUCAAGGUGCUGGACGCCGCCACCUGGACGUGGUCGGAUGUGCAGGCGCAGGGAACGCUUCCUCCCGCUCGCCACUCCCACUGCAGCGGCUGCCUGGCGGAUACGUGUCUGAUUGUGUACGGCGGUGCUGGCUACCAGGGCCCUAUGCAAGAUCUGUGGAUCUACAACACGCUUCAGAACAGCUGGAGCCGGCCGACCGUGGCGGGCGCUCAGCCGCAGUCUCGGGAGAUGCACACGGGCUGCAUGGUGGACGACACGACGAUGCUGGUGUACGGGGGCCGGGGGCCUAACUUCAAGGUGUGCUGCGACGCUGCGUUAUUUGACGCGCGACAGAUGAAGUGGACCGUCAUAGAGCCCACGCCGUUCUCUCGCUGUGCGCAUAGCUGUGUGGUGCUGCCGGGGGCCUCCGCGGGUGCGGCUACGGGGUCCACGACGGCGGCGACGGCAAGCCAGAAGGCUUCGGCGACGGCGACUGAGGGGAAAGCGGGUGGAUCGGAAGAUGGGGCGGAUGUUGAAGCCGGGGAGGUUUCGGAGCCUGGUACGAGCGGCGGCGGCGGCGACGGCGGGCAGGCUCAGCACCAGCAGCAGCAACAGGACGGGCACGGCGCCUCUACCGCCCUGACGGAAGAAGGGCUGGCAGGGUCAGCAGCCGCAGCAGCAGCAGCAGCGCUGACGACGGCGGCGGCGGCCAGUAGCGGCGGCGGCGGCGGCGGUGACGGAGCUAGCUGUAUGAAUCAUAAUAGCAACGGCAGCAGUAGUGGCAGCCGAGUGCUUAUCUACGGCGGCUACAGCGGCGAGGCAGUCGAGGGCGAUCUAUUGCAGAUCGACAGUCGUACAUUGGAGAUCGAGCUGGUACGGCGCGGACCCCGCGAGUCGGACAAGGGCGGCACGGUGCCGUCGGUGCGUUUCGCACACAGCGCGGUGGUGGUGCCGACGGCGCCAUCCAGUGAUGGCGGCGUCAGCGUCAGCGGCGUGUCUUACACGAUGGUGGUGUUUGGCGGCGUCAACCCCAAGGAGGACCUGAAUGAUGUGGCUGUGUGGGUUUUUGGGUAA